CCAAGCUUUACUCAAGUGGCAAAGUCAGCACGGAGCCAAUUGCACCACUGACGCCAGCUGCACAUUCAAAGGUGAUAAAACUCCGCUCACAGGCCUAUUACGCUUCUGCGUCAACGUCUGACAUCUGACUGAGUUUCCGUUGCGCGCGAGGCCGCAGAGAGUGAGCACCAGCAGGUUGAUUCAGGGUGGGACAGAUCGGAGGGGCACAGCUAUGCCCGGCUUGUCAGGGUCGUGAGUGACGGCGGCAGCUGCGGAGCUGCAAGAAGAAUCUCCUCAUGGGACUCUGCGCAUUUUAAGCGCCUGAACCGGAGGCAACGUGAGGAGGGCGCACAGCUCCCGAAGCCAGGCGAGUGCAGGACCCCAUCCUGCGCCCUGUGGUGAGAAAUACAUCCUUCACCAUACAGGCGGACAGAGACGAACCAAUACCACCAAAGCCAAAAGGCUGAGGGUGCGUAGUAUGGGAGCGCUAUGUUGUCCAGGAAAGGACUGGUUCCUGAGGAUUACCUGCUGACACGCUUGGCUGAGGGAGUCCCGCAGCCAAAGUUCAAGUCAAAAGCGGGGAAAGCUCGCUUCGUCGCCAAGAACGGCACCUGUAAUGUCGCGCACACCAACAUCCGAGAGCAGGGCCGCUUCUUACAGGACGUCUUCACCACUCUGGUGGAUUUAAAAUGGCUCCACACACUCAUCAUCUUCACCAUGUCAUUCCUGUGCAGUUGGCUUCUCUUCGGAAUGAUUUGGUGGCUUGUCGCCUUUGCGCACGGAGACAUGGACAUCACAGGUGACGACUUUGUCCCGUGCGUAACGGACAUUCACUCCUUCUCUUCUGCCUUCCUCUUCUCUAUAGAAGUCCAGGUAACCAUCGGCUUCGGAGGUCGGAUGAUCACUGAGGAGUGCGUCUCCGCCAUCAUCAUCCUCAUCGUGCAGAACAUCGUCGGACUCGUCAUCAACGCAAUCAUGCUCGGUUGCAUCUUCAUGAAAACAGCGCAGGCCAACCGGCGCGCGGAGACGCUCAUUUUCAGCAAACACGCGGUGGUGUCCAUCAGAAACAACAAGCUGUGCUUCAUGGUCCGCAUUGGAGACCUGAGGAAGAGCAUGAUCAUCAGCGCCACCGUGCGGAUGCAGGUGGUCAGGAGAACCAGCACAGAAGAGGGUGAAGUGGUGCCUCUAGACCAGAUUGACAUCGUCAUGGAUAACCCUGUGGGAACCAACGGAGUCUUCCUGGUGUCCCCCCUCAUUAUCUGUCACGUGAUCGACAAGAACAGCCCGCUAUUUGAGGUCUCCGCUUCUGACCUGCUGAGCGAGCACAUCGAGGUAAUCGUGGUGCUGGAGGGGGUGGUGGAGACCACGGGCAUCACUACGCAGGCUCGGACCUCGUACGUUGGAGAUGAGAUUCUGUGGGGGCAGCGCUUCGUGCCCACAGUUUCCGAAGAGGAUGGCAUGUACGCGGUGGACUACUCCAAGUUCGGUAACACGGUCAAAGUGCCGACCCCGUACUGCAGCGCCAAGGUGCUGGACGAAGUGGGAGGCAUCGCUCAGUUCAAAGUGAACGAGGGCGUCACCCCGCGUGCGUCUGUGAGGAGGCGACGUGGUGAAGCGGGGUUGCGCAAGAGCAAGAUUGACAUUUAUUGAUGCCUGUCUUUUAUGAUUCUGAUAACUGAGGUUUGAUGACAGUAAAAGAGAGUCAUGUUUAUUUUAUAAUAAGUAUAUGUUAUGCGCACAAUGAGCUUCUUACUCAGGGUGUGAAUGCACUGAGAGUUUAUGUUUUUAAAUUAAGGGUGUUUGCAUGUAGCUGAGAGCAAUAAAGGAUUCAUGUAGA